GUUAGUUUCACUGUUGCUUACGAAUCUGUAACGUGCGGUUCUAUAGGGAAAGGAGUCUGUUAUAAGGACUUUUUCCUAACACUGUUGCUGGUCAAGAGUGGUUUAACGGAAAUAUAGUGGAAAGUAAGUCCGUUUGAGAGUGGUGCGAACAUCCUUCGUGAAUUGUUAAUUUGGCAAACAAGGACUGCUUGAAUAGAGUUGGUGACCCUAAAAGAACAAUCUGUGUAAGACAGUGUGAGCAACUUGUUGCGGAGACAACUGACCCUUAAUUAGGUGAAACUUCGAAGGACUUGGCGUUCGACUAAUUGAUUGCCGUUAACGGUUGAUUGGAGAUUACAAAUACUUUCGGAAUAAUGUCAUCGAAGGGAUGCAUCACAACGAUAGCUGUAGUAGGUCUGAGCCUAUUAUUAGCAACAUUGACAGAGUCAGCACCAAUGCCCAGGUACUACAACUACUAUGACGCCAUGCAAGAGAUUCCACGCGACGAGCUAAUGGCAUUUAUUGCACGACUUGGAGAGACUGUCUUGAAGACGCAAUACGAUCUGGGAAAAAACGCUCCUAACAUGGAUCUAAAUCACAUUAAAGACCAAUCACGCGAAUAUGCUUCAGCCCCUGGCCUACCAUACAACAAUGAAGACUUCUUACAAUUGGCUAGUAAUAAACAGGAUCAUUUCGGAGGCUCAAAACGUACGGUAGACUUCGGCCUAGCCAGAGGAUACUCAGGAAUUCAGGAGUUGAAACAUCGCAUGGGAAUGGCUGCAGCCAACUACGCCGGGGGACCAGGACGCAGACGACGAUCAGAAACAGAGGCCUGAAUUAACCACUGAAAUUGCAAUAUAAAUACACCUACAUCUAAAUGCAUACUUAAAAAAAAUAAGUUUACGAAAUGGAAGAACCAUAACCUCACAUUAGAUUAUGUAGACUAGAAACUUUUGUGCUCAUACUAACUAAAUCUUGAGAUUCAUGUUCGACAAACACAACCAACUUUCCAUAAAUUCCUUGAAAAUAUCAUCAUAAGUACUUAAUGUUGACUACAUUUAUUGCAUGUUGCACUUAAACCAACUAAAUCUAAUAUGGCGGAUCAAAAAAA